GGCAGAUAUCGAUGAUAUUAGAAAAAAACACGUUACUUUGAUUUCUGGAGGUGGAGCUGGUCAUGAGCCAACACAUGCAGCUUUUGUUGGACCUCGUCUCCUUUCUGCUGCGGUAUCAGGGAAUAUUUUUGCAUCACCAUCAACUUCUCAAAUUCUAGCAGCAAUUCGUCGUGUAGAAUCAACUCAUGGUACUCUCUUAAUUGUAAAAAAUUAUACAGGGGAUUGUUUAAAUUUUGGCUUAGCAGCUGAAAGGGCAAAAGCUGAGGGAAUUAAAGUUGAACUAAUUGUUGUUGGAGAUGAUGUUGGAGUUGGAAGACAACAAGGUGGAUUAGUUGGUAGAAGAGGUUUGGCCGGUACGAUCUUGGUGCAUAAAGUUGCAGGUGCUAUGGCUGCUAAAGGGGCACGCCUUGAGGAAGUAAAGAAUGCGGCACUUCUUGUUGCUAAAAAUAUUGGAACCAUUGGUGUUGCGUUUGAUCGCUGUACAGUCCCAGGAGCAACUCAAGGUUCUUCUUUACCUGAUGAUGUGAUCGAGUUGGGAAUGGGUAUUCAUGGUGAACCCGGAUUUCAAAAGAUUUCACUUCCUCCAUCUCGUAAACUUGUACAAAAGAUGUUAGACACUAUUAUUACCCAGGAUGCGGAUAGAUCUUUCUUGGAUAUUAAACCUGAAAAAGAUCAAAUUGUUUUAUUAAUUAAUAAUCUUGGAGGUAUUUCUACACUUGAGCUUUAUGUGGUUGUAAAUGAUGCUCUUAGCUAUUUAGUUGAAAAGAAAUUUUAUAUAAAAAGAGUUUAUGUUGGACACUUUAUGACCUCUCUUAAUAUGCCCGGAGUUUCUUUGACGAUUUUAAGAUUACCAAAGAAUUCGGAUGUAGUUAAUCUAUUGGAUGAAAGUGCUGAAGCACCAGGUUGGAUUAAUCAUAUUAAAGUGGAUAUUUCAAGUUUAGAUACUAUGGACCCACAAUUGUUUGAAUCUACAAUCAAAGCAGCUUGCAACGCUCUUAUCCAAGCCGAACCAGAAAUAACAAAAUAUGAUACAAUUGUAGGAGAUGGGGAUUGUGGUGUGACGCUGAAAUAUGGAGCAACAGAUAUACUUGCAGCUUUUGAGGAAGGUCAAAUUGUAACCAAUGAUCUUUCAGAAGGCUUGAUGAAAAUUAGCAGCUUCUUGGAAGCAAGAGGUGGCACUAGUGGCUUUCUAUAUUGUUUAUUUAUAAAUGCAUUAUCAAACAGUUUGAGAUAUUUCGUCGAAGCUAAAAUGAAAGAAGAUAGUCACAUUAAAAAAGAUCAGAUUAUAGUGGAUGGUGAAUGUUUUGGCGCAAGUUUAAAGUCUGCAUUAAGUACACUGCAAACUUAUACUCCGGCAAGAAAGGGAGAUCGUACUAUGAUGGAUGUAAUAAUUCCAUUUAUAACAACGUUUACAGACACGUACUCAACCGAUUAUAAUACUUUACUAGCUUUUAAAGAUGCAAUUGAAGCAGCGAAAGCGGGUGCAGAAUACACUAAAGGAUUAAAGCCUAGAUUAGGAAGAUCAACGUAUAUUGCUGAUAACAUCAUUAAAGAAGCUCAGGUUCCUGAUCCUGGUGCAUGGGCAGCUUAUGUUAUCCUUAAUGGGAUUUAUGAUAAUUUAAGUUAA